UAUAUAUUCUAAAAUUGGAGGUCGAAAGAAAAAAACUUAAACUGCGCUGUUAAUAGUGAUAAUAAUAGUAGACUUGCGAUUGAAAGCACAUAUUGAAGAUACUCGAAUGAUCUUAAGGUAAAGAGAUAUGGCGAAGAAUAAGAAGAAGCAAUCUGUAAAUAAGCCCAAGGCUUCUGCGGAGCCGGCAAAGUCCGUAGAUUCCACCGCUAGUUCAGAUCUCAUUGACGAUACUGAAACGAUAGCGGAUACCCAUAGCACGUCGAACGAUGUAGUAGAAGUAGAAGAAGGAGGAGAAGCAGAAGGAGAAGAGGAUCAGAAGGAAAAAGAAAUUCAAAGUAUACCACAAGAUGAAGAGGCACACGAAGAGCCUAUAAAAUCCAAUGGGUCCUCAGUGAAAAAUGGUAAUGAAGAAAUACAGCAACUAAGGGAUCAAAUCUCACAAUUGACAAUACAACUAGAUGCCAAAUCUAAGCAAUUGGAAGAAUCUUCUAAUGGAACUAAUAAUAAUCAAUCACAUUCCCAUGAAAAUGAAAAUGAAAAUGAGUUAAAGUCUAAAAUAACGGACUUAGAAUCGAAGCUUAACCAAUCAGAACAGGAAAAGGCCCAUAUUCAAGAUAAUUAUGAGAAUUUAUUAAAUAAAUUAUCAUCAGUUAAGAGUAUAUUUAAUAAAGUAAAACAAUCAGAACAAGCAUUACAAGAGUCACAAGAAACCAUAGAAAGAUUAACCAAAGAGAAUAAGAAAAUAACUAUACUUGAAGAACAAAAUAUUGAAUUAAAUAAUGAAUGUGAUAAAUUAUCAAGUAAUUUAAAUUCUAUUCGAAAAGAAUAUCAAAGUCAAUUAGAUGAUUUACAAGAUGAAAAAUAUAAUUUAGAAAAUUCCAAUUCUAAAUUGAUUAAAAAGAAUAAUGAUUUAAAAUUACAAAUUAAUGAAUUUGAAUUAGUUAGACAAGAAUUAACUUUAGAAAAUAAGAAUAAUUUAAUUAAGAUUGAUGGAUUAUUAGAAGAUAUUAAUCAAUUAAGAGAAGUUGAUAUUAUUAAUUUAAAUAAUAAGAUAUCUAAUUUAGAAAGUAUAAUAAUAUCAAAAGAUCAACAAAUUAAUGAUAAUAAACAAGAAAUUAAUAAAUUAAUUAAUAUAAAUGAAGAACUUAAUAUUACAAUAGAAUCUUUAAAACAUGAUAUACAAUUACAUGAUGAAAAGAUUAAUUUAUUACAAGAAGAAAAUAAAUCUAUAGAAUCAUUAAAAUCGGAAAUUAAUAGUAAACAAUUAUUAAUUGGGAAAUUAAGACAUGAAGCAAUAAUUCUUAAUGAACAUCUUAAAAAAUCUUUGGCUAUGAUAAAUCUUCAAGAUGCAUCAAAUAAAAAUGUUAUAGAUAAAGAAUUAAUAUCAAAUAUUUUAUUAAGUUUCUUAUCAUUCCCUAGAGGUGAUACUAAGAAAUUUGAAGCUUUACAAUUAAUUAGUGCACUUUUAGAAUGGAAUGAAUCUCAACGAAUUACAGGAGGUCUUAGUCAUACUCAGCCAACUAAUAAUAAUAAUAAUACUCAAUCGGCCAAUGGAUCUGCUACGAAGCAACAAAGCUUUGUAUCGUUGUGGACUGAGUAUCUUGAGAAGGAAUCCAGUGGUUGAGUCAACUCAACGAACAAACAAAAGAACAAGAACAAAAGAACAAAACAAAAGAACAAAACAAAAGAAACCUUUGCAUUUUACUAUAUGUAUAUAGUGUUGGAGAUCACUUCAUUCUCCAUAGAACUCUAAUACACAAUACACAGUACACAAUACCCUUACCCGGAGCUAGUAGAAUAUAAUGUAGUAUAAUAUAAUGUAGUAGCAUAUGUAGUAGCAUAUAUAGAGAGAGGGAGAGAGAGUGUGUAUGCGCACUAAGACACUACGCGUGUACAGAUCAAUUCAAAUGUCUG